ACCCACCUCAUUCAAUUCACUCCCCCCUCCAGCUUCUCACUCCCCACACGCAGCUUCCAGCUCAUCACCCCCCACAACCACCUCCUCCCCCUCCCAUGGCGGCGGCGGCGCCGGACAAGGCGGUGGAGCGGCUGUCCCAGAAGCUGGUGCACCCGUCGUCCCCCACGCCGUCGGCCCCGCUCCGCCUCUCCUGGCUCGACCGCUACCCCACCCAGAUGGCGCUCAUCGAGUCGCUCCACGUCUUCAAGCCCGACCCGGCGAGGGACGCCGCGGGGCAGGGGCUCGCCCCCGCGCGCGCCAUCGAGACGGCCCUCGCGAGAGCCCUCGUCGAGUACUACCCGCUCGCCGGGAGGCUCGCCGUCUCCCGGGACUCCGGCGAGCUCCAGGUGGAUUGCUGCGGCGGCGCCGGCGGCCAUGGCGGGGUGUGGUUCAUCGAGGCGGCUGUCCCGUGCCGGCUCGAGGACGUGGAUUACCUCGAGUACCCUCUCGCCAUCUCCAAGGACGAGCUGCUCCCCCACCCGCGCCCCCGCCCCACCCGCGACGAGGAAGACAAGCUCAUCCUGCUCGUCCAGGUGACGACGUUCGCGUGCGGCGGGUUCGUGGUGGGGUUCAGGUUCAGCCACGCGGUGGCGGACGGCCCGGGGGCGGCGCAGUUCAUGGGCGCGGUCGGCGAGCUCGCCCGCGGCGGCGAGCGCAUCACGGUGGCCCCGUCGUGGGGGCGCGACGCGGUGCCCGACCCGGCCGGCGCCAUGGUCGGCGCCCUCCCGGAGCCGGCCGGCGCGUCCCGCCUCGAGUACCUCGCCAUCGACAUCUCCGCCGACUACAUCAACCACUUCAAGUCCCAGUUCGCGGCGGCCACCGGCGGCGCCCGCUGCUCCGCCUUCGAGGUGCUCAUCGCCAAGGCAUGGCAGAGCCGCACCCGCGCCGCCGCGUUCGACCCCUCGACGCCGAUCAACCUCUCCUUCGCCAUGAACGCCCGGCCGCUCCUCCUCCCGCGCGGCGGCGCCGGGUUCUACGGCAACUGCUACUACAUCAUGCGGGUGGCCUCCACCGCCGGGAGGGUGGCGACGGCGAGCGUCACCGACGUGGUGAGGAUGAUCCGGGAGGGGAAGAAGCGGCUCCCGUCGGAGUUCGCGCGGUGGGCCGCCGGAGAGAUGGCCGGAGUCGACCCGUACCAGAUCACCUCCGACUACCGGACGCUGCUGGUCUCCGACUGGACGCGGCUGGGCUUCGCCGAGGUGGACUACGGGUGGGGCCCACCGGGCCACGUCGUGCCGCUCACGAACCUGGACUACAUCGCCACGUGUAUCCUCGUCAAGCCCUGGGCCCACAAACCAGGGGCACGGCUCAUCACCCAGUGCGUCACACCCGACCGCGUCACCGCCUUCCACGACGCCAUGGUGGACAUCAACUAAUUUAUUAUUAUAAUUAUAAUUAUUAUUAUUAUUAUUAUUCCCUUUUCUUUUUAUUUUAUUUUUUUUACCACGCCACCUUUUUCACUUUGUUUUUUUACCACUACUUCCUUAUAAUUAAUUAAUUAAUUAAUUAGAUAUUAAUAAUGAAGAAUUAAGGGUAAAAAAAGGAGAGGAUAAAGAAAGGUGAAAAGUACAUAUUGAUAUUGAGGGUACAGGUAGAUGGUAGUAGUUGUUGGCAUUAUUAGUGGGAUUGGUAUUGGAUUCCUUUGGUGUUGUUUGGUCAAGUGUAUACUGGAGAACAGCUACUACAUGCUGGGUAUUCCUUUUAUUUUUUUUUCUUUUUUUUGGGAUCAAAAGCUGGAAUUGGUGGGAAGCCACCAACUAACCAGUAUGUCCCCCUUGAUAAGUGUACCAUAUAUUGUAUUCAAUUUUUAUCUUAUUUUCAGAAUGGUAUAUAUAAGCUGGCAAGGUGUACAGCCUCUUUAGUUGUACUUGGAUCAA